AUGAGUAUUUCAGAUUCUUUUGUACGUAUUGAGUCUUGGUUAUCUAAAAAUGCACCUAAUGUUCUUCUUCAAUUAAAUAAUCCUAUAUCAUCAACUGAUGAACUUGAUAAAGUUGAAACAAUCUUAGAUGCAAAAUUUCCUCCAUCUGUACGUGAAGCUUAUACAUAUCAUGAUGGUGAAUCAAAACAAUCAACAGGUUUAUUUGGUGGUUGGCGUUGGUUACCAUUACAUGAAAUAAUUCAAUGGAAUGAUGAACAAAAACAUAAUGUUCAAAAAUAUCAUUUUCUAGAUUUUAAACCAUCAUUUAUGAUACCAUUGUUAAUAUCAACAAUAUCAUCCAAUGAUUUACGUUAUGUUGAAACAAGUGAUGUUCAUGGUCAAGAAGAAACACCAGUUAUUGAAUGGAAUUAUAAACAACCAGCUCGUGAUGUAAAAUAUGGAAGUUUUGCAAAUUAUUUAUCAACAUUUGCUGAGAGACUUGAACUUGGCGAAUAUAUUCCUGAUGUUAAUGAUCAAGAAAAAGCACGUGGACUUAUUCUUAAAAAAUAA